GAAAGAAAGAAAGAAAGAAAGGAAGGAAGGAAGGAAGAGAACCCCCAGAUAUCUGAUGUUAUAUUGUCCAAUCUCAAGCUGUUAGCACAGGUUCAUAGAAUGUUAUCUUUCUUAAAACUUUGAAAGUUGGCCGUUGGCUGUUGCUGCGUCAGGGUCCGUUGCAAAGUCGGCAUUCGGUGUUCCACUGUUGGCUGGCAUCUUGGCCGUUACCACUCCUCCCACUGGGGCGACCAUGUCGGGGAUCGCAGCGCUAGUACGGAAAACUGGAGAUUAUGUGAAGACCCAGGAGUUCCGGGAUUACAUAACCAGCACCCACUUCUGGGGUCCUGUGGCCAACUGGGGCCUUCCGUUGGCCGCCUUCAAGGAUAUGAAGGCUCCUCCCGACAUCAUCAGCGGCCGCAUGACGACGGCGCUCAUGUUCUACUCCAUGGCUUUCAUGCGCUUUGCCUACCGGGUCCAGCCUCGAAAUUACCUGCUAAUGGCCUGCCAUUUCACCAACGUGGUGGCCCAGAGCAUGCAGGCCAGCCGUUACCUGAUGCACCACUACGGUGGUGGGGCCAAGGCCAGAAACCCUCCGGCCAAAUAA